AUGGAUGAGCAAAAUGACUUUGGAGUCAUUACUAUUGACUCAGAUGAUGAUGAUCUGGAAGUGACCCGUUACGUGAAUCGAACUCCCGUUGCGACUGCAUCAAACACCAAAUAUUCUGCCAGGGUUAAAGACGAAGAUCCUUCUACUCCCAAAGCUGAAAAUUUGGAUACUUCCUGGCAAACAAUAACAAAUAUUCCCGUGGUUGUCGAAUCCGACGAGGACAGCGACGGUGGGUUCAACGAUGGGGAAGCCGCAUACAAAAAGUUCAAGGAACGCAAAUCGCUCAAACGAAGACAGAGUGCUGCAGCAACCCGGAGAGCGAGAAUUUCAAAGCUACCCAAGAGAGAACAGCCAGCUGGCGAUCUGAUCGUGGGCCUUGUGAAGACAGAAGGCUCCACAUCUAAACCAAAGCGAACUCAAAAGGAGUAUGGCGAUGUAUCGUCUGAGGGUGAGCUGAUGGAGUAUACGCUACCAGGCCAUCUAAAGGAGCGCCGUCAUGACUUUGAUCGAAAACAGGAGGACCUCCAGGAAUACGGGUUAAAGCUACCGCCAUCUUACGAUGAUGUGGAUUUCUCAGAUGAUGAGCGCAUGGAGGAGCUUCAGGAAAGGCCAUCGUUCCCUGGAAGAACACCGGCCCGGGAAUACAAGGACAUCCCAUUAACAUAUUCACUUGGGUUGAUUCCUGCUCCGAUCGCACAGUGGCUGCGCCAAUAUCAAGUUGAAGGAGUAGCAUUUCUCCAUGAGAAGUUCGUCUACCAGAAAGGCGGUAUCCUUGGAGAUGACAUGGGCCUAGGAAAAACGAUCCAGGUCAUUGCGUUCCUGACAGUAGCCUACGGUAAAACUGCAGACGAGCGGGACGCGAAGCGAAUGCGGAAGAUGCGCCGGUCCGGGGAUGUCUGGUACCCUCGUACAUUGAUUAUUUGUCCUGGAACCUUGAUCUCAAACUGGAUAGCCGAGCUCAACCGAUGGGGAUGGUGGUCAGUGGAGACAUAUCAUGGUGCUAGCAAAGAUCUCGCUCUCAAGGCUGUAAGCUCAGGCAGUGCUGAAGUCCUCAUCACGACCUACACGACUUACGUGAACAAUAAGGAGUUGGUGAAUCUGGUCGAGUGGGAUUGUGUUAUUGCCGAUGAGUGUCACAAGAUCAAGGAGCGCAAGUCCGAAACGACUAAGGCGAUGAACGAGAUCAAUGCAUUAUGUCGCAUCGGUUUGACGGGAACAGCUAUCCAGAAUCGAUACGAGGAGCUGUGGACUCUAUUGAAUUGGACCAACCCCGGCGUUCUCGGCCCAAUUACUACGUGGAAGGCGCAAAUCGCUGAGCCAUUGAAGAUUGGACAAUCCCACAAUGCAACCGUCAACGAAUUGAGCAGAGCAAGAAGAACGGCCAAAAAACUUGUCGAGAACCUGCUUCCCCAAUUCUUCCUCCGCCGAAUGAAGAGCUUGAUUGCCGACCAACUACCGAAAAAAAGCGACCGAGUGGUUUUUUGCCCUCUCACUUGGUCACAAGCUGACGCUUACGAGAAUUUUCUCGAUAGUGACAUCGUUCAAACGAUCAAGGCUUCUACGGAUAUUUGCGACUGCGGGUCAAAGAGGAAAGCCGGCUGGUGCUGUCACAAGUUCGUUCCUGGUACUGAGACACCCUGGCAGGCAUAUGUCUUCCCAGCAAUCACCGUGCUACAAAAAUUGAGCAACCAUCUGGCUAUCCUGAUUCCUCAGGGCACUGAUCCACGAGAGAGGCAAGAAAAAGACAAAGAGAUGCUGCAGAUUGCGGUACCUGAUCGCUGGGCCGAGCUUUUUCGCACCCGCGACUCAAUCGUCAACUAUGCCGAUCCUGAAUUCUGUGGGAAAUGGAAGGUCCUACGGAAGCUCCUCAAAUGGUGGCACUCAAAUGGAGACAAGGUACUCGUGUUCUCGCAUAGUGUGCGUCUCUUGAAAAUGCUGCAAAUGCUUUUCAAGCACACUAGCUAUAAUGUGAGCUACCUCGACGGGUCCAUGAAGUACGAAGACCGAUCACUAGCGGUCGACGAGUUCAACUCAGAUCCCAAGCAAUUUGUCUUCCUAAUCUCCACCAAGGCCGGUGGAGUAGGCCUGAAUAUUACAUCCGCGAACAAAGUGGUCGUUGUUGAUCCAAAUUGGAACCCAUCCUACGAUCUACAAGCACAGGACAGAGCGUAUCGCAUUGGCCAAGUUCGGGACGUGGAGGUCUUUCGACUUAUAUCCGCCGGUACAAUAGAAGAGAUCGUCUACGCACGGCAAAUCUACAAACAGCAACAAGCCGAAAUCGGUUAUAACGCCAGCUCGGAGCGACGGUAUUUCAAGGGUGUCCAGGAUCAAAAAGACCAAAAGGGCGAGAUCUUUGGAAUGCAGAAUCUAUUCUCGUAUCAAUAUGACAAUGUGGUUCUCCGAGACAUCGUGAACAAGACCAAUGUCGCCGAAAGUCGAGCCGGAGUUCAAGUCGUGGAUUUCCACUUCGACGAAGACGAAAAUGCCGCAGCUGCAGCCGAACAAGGCCCUGUGAAGACAGAAGAGGAGGUUAUGAAUCAAUACGCCGCUAUGGUCCGUGGUGAAAUUGAAGAGAACGAUAGCCCCAAGCCUCGCACUGGCGCUAUGCCAGCGAAACACGACCCCGUGCAAGCAAUUCUCUCCAGCGCCGGUGUGGAGUACACUCAUUUGAACAAUGAAGUGAUUGGUUCCUCCCGCGUUGAGGAAAAACUAAGUCGUCGCGCCGAACAGGUGACCAAUGACCCAGAUGCGAACGUGCAAAUCUUUGAGCCCUCGUCUUGUACAGCCGAUCUGGAAGAUGUCUCAUUUAUCUCAGAAAGUAGGACUCGGAUGACCCGCAACUUGAACAUGGACCAUCUGCCUUUCCGCUUCAAAUACAACCCACCCGAGGAUGUCAAACGCCGUCAGUUCUGCAGCAUGGCGCAGUGGAUGGGAUAUCCUGACGCCACGGAGUUUGGGUUAGUUGUUGAGAAUAUGAGUCAAGCUGAAAGGAGAGCAUGCCUUGAACGGUGGUAUGAGCAUCGGCGGAACGCUUUGCUAGUCAAGACGGAGGACGUGAAAGUCGAGGGAAUAAAGCCCGAGUUGAAGAAUGAGGAAUAA